GCGGACCACGUUGCAAACUAGGGGGACCCUCCAAGGUUUGGUUGGCAAUCUUUUCCAAAGUCUCAUACUCAAUACUACUCAUACUACAACUUCCUAUCAUUCUUCUUCAAUCUUUCUAUUCAACUUCCCUCUCUCGUUAACCUUCGCUACCUCAGUUAUCUCUAAACUAUCUAUCUAUCGAUAAUCUACCUCACUCGCUUUUGGUUUUGGAAUCACAAGUACAAGCACACAAACACGUUCAGUUAGCUCUCUGAUAUGAAGAAGCUUUGUCCCAAUCUUGAUCGCGAGGAUGGGCUCGAAACCGUCCUUGAGGUCCCUAUUCCGGAGGAGAUUCUCACCCACAAGAGUGGAACCACCAAAGCUUGGCACAACAUGAAGAACUGGAUGAAGCCUCACGCUGAGUCCAGAUCAAAUUCGACAUCCAUGGCAGCAGUUUUUGGAGGGAAAAACACAGAGAUUCAGCUUUUGUUAGGUGUCGUUGGAGCGCCAUUAAUCCCUUCACCUACCGCCUCUGACAACCAACCCAUCACUCGCAGCAUUAAAGACCAACACAUUGAGGUUUCGAUGGCUAAAUACAUAGUGAAGCAGUAUGUGGCGGCGGUGGGGGGAGAACGUUGUUUGAAUUGUGUGGACAGCAUGUAUGCGAUGGGGCAGGUGAAGAUGGCAACAACAGAGUUUUGUGGUGGAGAAGGUAGUGUGAACAGUAAGAAGGUGGUGAAAGUGAAGAAUCUGCAGAUGAAGGGAGAGAUGGGGGGGUUCGUGGUUUGGCAGAAGAGGCCAGAGUUGUGGUGCUUAGAGCUUGUUGUUUCUGGGUACAAGAUCAGUGCAGGGAGUGAUGGUAAAGUGGCAUGGAGGCAAACCCCUUGGCACCAUUCUCAUGCUUCUCGUGGCCCACCAAGACCUCUUAGACGUUUCUUACAGGGUCUUGAUCCAAGGUCGACGGCCAAUUUGUUCAGCAACUCUAUCUGCAUUGGAGAGAAGACAGUGAACAACGAAGAUUGUUUCAUAUUGAAACUGGAAACCGAGACGUCGACACUGAGAGCAAGGAGCAACAGCAACGUAGAGAUAGUUCGGCACACGGUGUGGGGCUAUUUCAGCCAAAGAACAGGUUUAUUAGUUCAACUAGAAGACUCUCACUUGCUGAAACUCAAGUCUCACGAACACGAGAGCAUAUACUGGGAAACCAACAUGGAGUCUCUGUUAGAAGACUACAGAAGCGUGGAUGGCAUUCAAAUAGCACACGGUGGCAAGACCUGGGUGUCCUUGUUGAGGUUCGGUGGGGGCCCCGAGACACAUUCGAGGACACGAAUGGAAGAGGUUUGGCAAGUUGAGGAAGUGGACUUUAACAUCAAAGGGUUGUCCAUAGAUUGCUUUUUGCCUCCUAGUGAUUUGAAGAGAGAGGAAGAGAAGGAAGAGGAAGCGGAGUGUGGUGGUGGGGUGGUUGCAAGCAAUAAUGCCAAGUUACCCUACAAGAUUCGUUCGGCUUCUUUUAGGAUCAGUGCUUCAAAAGUAGCAGCUGUGAACCUGGAUGAUUCCUGUACCAGCGAGAGCGAUGAAGAUUUGUAAAUCUUUGCUUUCCUUACAUAUUUUUUUUGUAAAUAGUGGGUACAUGUUCGAGUUUGUAGUUGAGCAUUGAAUCUGUGAUUUUAGUUUAAUCCUUCCGUCUAUUCUCACUACAAACUGCCAAGAAUAGAACGGAAACAAUUUUCAAUACUCAAUACAAACUUCUACUUUUACCUUUUC